AUGGAGCUGAGCUUGUUGGUGAGCCGAGCGCAGCUUUGUCCAUUUCAAGCCAGCUCGGUGCAACCAUGGGAGCCCGCAAGAGACCAGCUUCUGCCUCUCGGAAGCGGCCUGCGGCAGCAGAUGUGGCAGAUGCGGCGAAGCGCCCGGAGUCAGAAGGAGAACAAUGACAAGUCUCCUGCAGGGAGCGUUUUUCCGGACUCAGAGGCUGAGGACACACCCCCGGCUGAUGAGCUUUUGCCUCCGGCUAUUUCUGACAUUGGGGUGUCCAACUUUGCACAUUACUGGCUCAAUGCGUUCCCGGAUCUAUGCUCUGAAGUGCAGGGCUCCCUUGCAUCUUUGGGACGGCCCUUGAAGGUUGGCUCCAUUUGCACGGGAUGGGGCGUUUGCGACAUGUCCGUCAGUGCCGUCAGCGAAGUUUUUGGCAUCAAGCAGGAGGCCGACAAGCCUGUCCCAAAGGUAGCAGCUUUGUGGGAAGACAUUGUGAUGUUUUUGUGGCACAUUUAUCAGACGGCCGCGGAAGUUCUCCCCACAAAUUGGAAGAAUAUUAAGCGUGAGACUCCAUUCUUUGAGGAUGACUUGGACCCCAAGGAUGAAAGGGACCGACUGGUCAAUUCCAUUGCCCAAACACUCCACACGAGCGCGACAGACAUGGAAGUUAGCAUGAUUGGGCCAGGAACUUUCGUUGGGCCUCGCAGAUGCGUGAUGCACGGAAAUCGCACUGACUUGUAUUGGGAAUACCGUGCGUAUGCUGAGACCAGAAAUCUUAGAGUUGCAUCGCAGAGUCACGAGGACAUCGACCAAUACUUUUCACAGAUAUCCGCUUUGCUUGCCCGAUCUGAGUUUUCUGACCCAGAAGAGGUGGACACGUUGGCCAGCUUCGUUUCUGCCUUCGAAAGGAUGUUGGGGCCAGUUUCGGUCUCUUUGAGAAGUGCUUUUCGGCAGCCUGUUGGGAAGUGUGAUCGGCGACCUCUUGGUGAACAGUAUGAGAUUGAUUUGCCGCCUGGCGCUGUGCCGCGAGGGCCUGUCCGGUGGGAGGGGCCUGCCAGAUUUCGAACCUACACCAUUUUGCGGGCAAGUGAUGAAGCCAAUGAUUCAGACCCGGAUGAUGCAGCCAUUCCUGUGCAGGAUGAUGAUGGGUAG